AUGAAAAUCUGGAUUCAAUUUAUUUCAUUCGCCUUUUUGACUCUUCUGACAGAUGCUACAAUCCUUUAUGAUCCAGAAAAGAUCUCGGGCAGGGUUUUUGAUUAUAUCAUUGUCGGCGGAGGUCUCACAGGCCUUACAGCUGCAGCACGACUGACCACGAAUCAAUAUAUCAGCGUGUUAGUGAUUGAAAGUGGCUUCUUUCAGUCUACUCGGGGUCCUAUAGUUGAAACUGUCACACCAUUCGGUCAAGCUUUCGGCACAUCCCUGGACCACGCCUUCCAAACAGUGCCUCUUAAGAUUAAUGGAAGAUCAUUGACGAUUCACGCGGGUAAAUGUCUCGGUGGUUCAUCGCUGAUCAAUGGAGCGUCUUACACGAGCCCGGCCAAAAUUCAGAUCGAUUUUUGGGAAUCACAUCUGGGAAAUAAAGGGUGGAACUGGAAGACCCUCUAUCCAUACAUCAAAAAGAAAGAGCGGGCCCACCCACCCACUAAAGAACAGAUAGCAGCGGGGUUUUCUUUUGAUCUGAAAUGCCAUGGUGAAUACGGUAAAAUAAACGUUAGCCCGCGGGAUAGUGGUGAACGGUAUUCACCUAUCAUUCGAUCUUUAAUGACAGCAGUUGAAAGGCGUGGUGUGCCCACACAGAAGGAUCUGAAUUGCGGUGAUCCUCAUGGUGUCUCUAUGCUUUUAAAUACCAUCCAUCCGAAUCAGACCCGGGCGGAUGCAGCACGAGAGCUUCUUCUACCCAUUGCGAGCCGACCAAAUCUAUGGAUUAUUGUCGGUCAGAAUGUGGGGAAAGUGCUGAUUGAUCGGCUUUCGGCAAAGGGAGUUGAAUUCGGCACUGAAGCCCACACGUUCCAUGUAUAUUCCCAUCAUGAAGUAAUUCUGGCUGCUGGAGCCCUUGUUACACCUCUGAUUUUGGAAUAUUCUGGUAUCGGACUGAAGUCUGUUCUGGAUGCUGCUGGGGUUUCUCAAAUUGUUGAUCUUCCAGUUGGGCAGAACCUACAAGAUCAGUCUACUACGGGCGUACAGGCAAGUAUUAAUACUGAUGGAUCUGGCCAAGGACAAGCGAUAUACUUUGCCACUUGGAGUGAGCUUUUUUCCGCAUCCGAUUUGGCCACUGCUCGAGGGCUCUUAGAUUCCCAGUUCGAUCAGUGGGUCGCGGACGCCGUCCAGGAGGGCGGAUUUGACAACUCGACCGCGCUGAAAAUACAAAUGGGACUUAAUCGAGAAUUGAUCCUCCAUCAUAAUGUGUCCUAUGUGGAGCUAUUCCUCGAUAUCAGCCCAGAAGGAGUGGGGUUCAGCGUGUGGGUGCUUCUCCCGUUCACUCGUGGCUAUGUACACAUUCUUCACAAGGAUCCCUACCUCGGAAAAGUGACGCGCAACCCUCGAUACUUGGAGAAUGAUUUGGAUCGGUAUGCUCAGGCAGCAGCGUCUCUAUUAGCGCGAGACCUCUUUUCGGACCCAGCGAUGCGACCAUAUGUCAGACAAGAGGAAUUUCCCGGUGCGACCGUUCCUUACAAUGCUACUGUCGACGACUGGGUUCCCUUUGUCACCCAGAACUUCCAGCCCAACUACCAUGCAAUUGGGACAUGUAGUAUGAUGGGCAGAGAGAUGGGAGGAGUGGUCGACCCAUCUGGUCGUGUGUAUGGAGUCCAGGGUCUGCGGGUAAUUGAUGCUUCCAUUAUUCCACAGCAAUUGUCAUCUCAUUUGUCUGCAGUUCUAUAUGGAAUGUCAGAGCGAUUAGCAGAUUUGAUCCUUGAAGAUUAUGAAAAGAAGUUGGAGAAAUGA